UGGGUUUAUUUUUGUGAUGUGUUGUAUUUACAGGAUUCGACUGUUUUACCUGAAGUUGUUGAAACUACAAUUGAUAAAAUAACAUCAGCUACGGAUGAGCAUGCUAUUCUUCCGAAAACUCCAGCAACUACCGACAGAGAUGCAUCCGAAAAUACUCGUCAGAGUAAACGAUCUAGUCGUGAAACCGGAAACAGUCCAUCAGCCACUGACAAGGCCAAGUUCACCGUUGGUAGUAGCAGAACUAAUUCUAGUGCUAAGAAACAACUUGUUUGGAAGAAGGAGACAAGCAAACCUAAUAGAAACGUUGGAUUCACAAAACUCAGUGCUCUGUCACCGAAAAAGAAGGCUCCUAGUUGUAUCCUGGAAGGAGGUGGAGUAAACUCAUCUACUGGAGAUACUGUAUCCGGGUUCAAGGUUCCAACUCCUGUUAAAGAAUUGAUCGGGGCGAGGAGGGUAAAAGACAUUUCCAAGAAUUUGUUCCAGGAUGAAACACCAGGAGCUAACGAGGAGAAAAGUGCUGCUUGUGGAAAACCUAAACGUUCUACUGUUGCCCAAUUUGAUCGGGCCUCGGAAAACGUCUUGAAAUCGACUCCCAAGGAAUUGAAAGAGAAACUAGGUAAACGAAUCAGUCUGAAAGAACUGAAAGCCAAGUCGACGAGUCUGGAAGCUGAUGCUGGAAAGCUGGAUCCGCUGAAGGAACGUAGGUCAGCUCGAAUCCCUCCUCCGUCUCCGACCAAGACUGGAAUUGAAAUACGUGUCCCCGCGAGCCCCAGCAAAAUGUGCCGGGUUCCCCCGGUGGGCGGGGUGAAGGUUAGCCCUAGAAAGGUUCCUGCCUAUGAGAGAUACCACUACUUGACACGCCCAGUCUCAAAAACCCUUGUUUUACCAUACAGCUACAGGAUGUUGGCUGAAGUGUUUAGAUCUACCGACACGGUAGUGUCCAUGCUCUUCAAUAGAAGGGAGCCGAUCAUAUUCUCCAAGCUCGCCAAGGCUGUCCAGGACAUGAUGAGGAAGAAUUUUGGAGAGAAGUUUCUCAAGCAGAUAAAGUGCGUGUUUCCACAAGCUUAUCUGUACGCCUGGGAGAAGGUGCUAAAUAAGUUUGGUCAGAAGAAGGAUGAAUAUCAGCUCCGGAUAUCUCCGAACCUAGACUUCAAGAAGGAUAUUCUCACAGAGUUCGGAGCUAAUGAUAUUGAUGCCAUGGAGAAGAAUAGUGCUGGUAGGUUAACCCCUGAGCUGUUGGUGGAACGUAGAGGAAUAUUUCAUAAUUCUCUUCUCCAGUUAGUCAAAGAUCAACAUAGAACCUUCUUGGGUGGGUUGGAUCCUCCUAUCCUGGUGAAUGACAGUGAGCUAACCAGGUGGCAUAGAUCCUUUGAUGUAGAAUCCUGUCGUGAGAUUGAUACUGUGGAGCUUCCUCCCAAACCUAAUGUUGAAGAAAAGUUUACAACCGCUCAGGAGGUUCUAGAGAAAGCAAAUCAAAUCUAUAAUAUUAAUCCUAAACUAGCGGAGAGUCUACAGGAUGCAGCUGCUAAAAUACAGGAAGGUUCAGCUCCAGCUCCUGCUCCAACUCCAGUAGCUGCUCCACCUCCAGUUCCUAAAGCCUUUAAGGGUCUUAAUCCUAAGCUGUUAGAGAUGAUCAGAGCCAAGGAGGCGAACAAGGCCCGUGUAGAGAUGACAAGAGAUCACGGAGAAAUCAAGAGAAUUAAACAAUUGAAGAGAUUACCCCAACUAGCCAGAUUAACCAGAUCUCUUUUCGUAUCUGAGAGAAAAGUCUCCUUGACUCAGGAGUUUGUUGUGAAGAAGCUUGUUCAAUCCUAUCCGGGCUCCGUAGAGUCUUCUCUUAUAUUAGAGGAUCUCCGUCAGCUGUGUGUAGAGAGUGAUGGUUGGUUGGUUCUCCACCUGGUCCGGAAUACGGAGUUCGUUAAGCUGGACGGAUCCAAGGAUAUCAAUACUGUCACUACAAUCCUAGAAACUAAAAUAAAGAAGGCUGAAGCUGUCUAGAGAUAUCUGCUUGAAAUUGACAACGAGAGAUAUCAUUAUACAUUUUUAGAGAUACACCUUCUUAAUAUCAUUAGAGGAUCUUGAUAUAAAUUCAACGUAUAUGUAUGGUAGAUUUUUGUACAGUCUAGAGAUAUAUUCUCUGAAUUUGUGUAUACUGUACAGUCUAGAAAUAUCUUCUAAGCGUUUUUUAACAUUUAAGAGAUUUAUUUUUGUAUCUUUGUCCACAGUGACGUCUAGAAAUAUCUUCUAAGCGUUUUUCAACAUUUCAAUAUUCUCUUUAUCUUUGUACAGUUAAGAGAUAUCGAAUAGGCGUUUUCAUUACUUACUAUUUAAUACAAAAUUAGUAUUAAUAACAAAAUUAUGAUCAUUGAUGUAGAAAAUUCAAUUUAACCUGCUACCGGAUAAUUUGUUAGAAAGAUUCAAGCCUUUUCAUUGUAUUUUUAUGUUUAAAUUUUGUAUUUUUAACUUUUUUUGCAUCUUAUUUUGCUUGACUAAUACUUGAUCAUUAGUAAUUGACAAUUAUAUUUUUACCAGCUCCCCUAAACAUUAAACAAAUACUAGUUUCAAAAUAAAUUAAACAGUAAAAUUUAUAUUUUGUAUACUCUGACCGUUGUAUCUCCUGAGUUUGAAAUAAAUUAAUGUUUUCAGA